UUCACAACCACCAAACACACCCAUUUCCUUUGUCUUUCGGUGAAGCAGCAUCGUGGCUGACCGGUGUUCCUACGCUCUCAAAGCAACUCGCAGCAAGCGCAAGCAGCCGCUUCCCUCCUGUGUCUUUCCAACACCUACAACUUCUCAUCUCGCUCCUCUGUGGUAGCUAGCGACUCUUCGACCCCAUACUACACCUGUCCCUCCCGUUCACCUACCUCCGCCAGGCCGGAACGACUCCAGCUCAUCUACAGGCCUGCUCGACCCGAGUUCGCCUCCGAUUCAGCCAUCAAUCCGUCAAAUGGUCGCUCCCACCUAAUCCCGGCGCCUAAUCGGCGCUUAAACCGUCUCUCACCUACCUCCCCACUUCCGCGAGAAUGAACGACACCGACCCAACAACGGACGGGUUUUUCAACCACUCCUCUCUCCAACGCCGCGAUACUUUCUCCUCCAAAGCCGAAAGCGAAGGUGGUGGCCUUGAAAGAAUGGACACGGGCUCGGAGCGAAUGGACACCUGCCGCAUUUGUCGCAGCGAGGGUAGUCUCGAUGAGCCUCUCUUCUACCCAUGCAAAUGCUCUGGCAGCAUCAAGUUUGUGCACCAAGACUGCCUGAUGGAAUGGCUCAGUCACUCCAACAAAAAGCACUGCGAGCUGUGCAAGACGCCCUUCCGCUUCACCAAACUUUACGAUGCCAACAUGCCCCAGCGACUGCCCUGGAUGGUUUUUGUGAAGAGGGCAUGCUGGCAUGUCCUUCAGCUGCUGACUAAAGCGGGAAGAGGUCUGUUGGUCGCCCUGGUGUGGUUGGGAGUCAUUCCAUGGGUCAUACGCUGGGUGUGGAGGUGGUUCUUUUGGGUCGCUGAUGCUGCCUGGGCCCGGGAGGCCUUUAUGAGCGUGAUGCAAGCGGCGUCGAUGGAAGGAGAAGGGCAGCAGCUGAGGAAGUCGGACACAACUCUCGUGACGCGGUUUGCGGAUGCUGUCCAACAACUCUUCCGUCCAGAGACGCUCGCACACCACACCCAAGAAGCAUUCACGUCCAUCGUGUCUUCUGCGUCUGGAGACACGGGCCCGGGGAGUGUCAAUCUAACAACAUCCACCGCAUUCGCCUGGCCACAAGCCGAUCCGUCCAUCCUGUCCUCCUGGACUUAUCUCUCUUCCCUCACCAACAACUCACGCCUGAAUCGCAUCAUCCUUGAUGUCUUUGAAGGACAAAUCAUUACCUGUGUCGUCAUUGCGGGCUUCAUUCUCGUCUUUCUCAUUCGAGAGUGGGUGGUACAGCAGCAACCUCUGCUGAUCAUCGACAACGUGCCCCUGAACCGGGCUCAGCUUGCAGAGCGGGUACGGGAUGGCGCAGAGCGGGUGCAAGAUGGUAGAGAGCGAUUUCGUCGUCAACAACUUGAGCUAGAACGGGCACAGAGGAUCAUGUUCGAAUGGGAGCGUCAACACGGCGGGUUAUUUCUCGUUCCGCCAACGGAGAUUGGGCCAUACGCAGGGUUCCAGUCACUUCAAUGGCACAUGGAUCACGCCACGGAGCGACUCAGAUCAACAAAUGACUAUGACGUCUUCCAGAUCGCCGCCAGAGACAUAGCAAGGGAUGUGGAGGCGGGUGUUGCAGCGGCUGUGGAUCUCGAAGAGUUCACCGAGCGGCUGAUCGCCCAACUCAAUACGUACACCGAGCAAGAGAGGAGAUCAUGGCACACCAUGCUGAGCUCCGUCAUCUCCAGCGAUGUCGAGCAUUGGCGAGCAGACGCAAACGCGCAGCCUGAAAUUGGCACCGCGCAAGCAAGCGUUUCCAAUGGAUUGCCCGCACAACCGCGUAUACCUAUGCACGACCCGUCAUCUUCACCAACCGAUAUCAAAAGGCUGUUGCAAGAUGCAGCUGCGGCCCUUAGAAUUUCUGGCGUGAAAAUCACGCCCCCUGACAAUGCAACCAACGGCUUUCAAAGCGCAGAUGCUCCAACCCAUCGACCUCGGCUCGAUCCUAUACCGAUCACAAAUGCUGGGCCAGACGCCAAGAUCAACAUCAUGCGAAACGUCAACGGGGAGAUGAAGGCGCUGCCAGACUUCCGAAUUGAGGAAAAUAUGCUUGCCAAGGAUGAGGCCAAGAGGGAUUUGGAGAAUGAAGUCGCACGUGAGGACGCCAUGAACAGAACAACGACAGCCGCUGCUAUCGAUGCACCCCUCCAUGAUCAUGAGGCACUCCAUGGCAACCACGACAAUCCAUUUCAUCCUGAGGGGCCAGAGCCCGAGCAGCACCACGGCGAGAGCUUCGCUGACACGGUAGCAAGCGUCUUCCGUGAGGAAUUUGGUCUUGACGAGGGCAAUGAGUGGGAGAACCUGCGACCAGCGGGAGCACAACCCAAUCCGGAAGUGGAUCACACUGCUCCUGAUCCAGAAGCACCGCAGCCGGAGCAAGCAGAUCAAGCACAGCGUGGCAACUUGCACAGGCUGGCAGACUGGUUUUGGGGCGACAUCCAGCUUCGUGAUGUGCCAGAGCCCGUCCCGGCGCCAAACGAAGAACGUCAGCAGAAUGGCGGCGAGGACGAUGGCCAAGAAGCCCCGUUUGUUCCCAUACUCGAUCGGCGUCCCGUUGCCGCCGCCCCGCCAGCUCAGCCCGUCCACCAUCAUCACGAUCCGGAGGUAUUGGCAGCCGCACAGCAGGCAGGGCUCGAUCCAGAGGCUCUGGAAGACCCGGAAGAUCUUGAGGGUAUUCUCGAGCUGAUUGGUCUUCAAGGCCCACUCGUUGGUCUGUUCCAGACAUCGGCCUUUUGUACGCUUCUGGUGGUUUGCACCAUCGUGUGCGCAGUCAUCCUGCCAUACGUGGGCGGCAAGCUUGUCCUCAACCUCCUCGCUAGCCCGGUCUAUCUCCUCGUCAAGCUGCCUCUUCGAAUUGCUAGCCACGCCGCAGACUUCAUCGUUGACGUUGCGCUCGUAUUCGGGGGUUGGGCAGUCAUGCUCCUCGCUCUCGCCACCGACUUUUUACUCUCUGCGGUGGAAGCAUGGCUUCCUUUGCUUGCAGAUCAGUCAUUUACCCAGAAGACCAUCGACUUUGCUACCAACACUGCAACACAAGCGGGCUCAAGGCUUGCCUCUCUGUUCGCUGAAAGCCCCGUUCUAGCGGAAGAACCAGCAAUGGAAGUUUUGGCCACGAGCUGGGCGCUGCUCGCCAGUUCGGUUCAUGCUCAUGCUUCGCUCAAUACCAUCAAGGACGAAGUCAACGGUGUGCUUGCUGGAAUGAGUAUGGCAGUGACGUGGACAGUUGAGACCAUUUCAACAGGAUCCGUGCUCGCCGCGCUCCAACAGGCUCUUCUGACAGCCUUCAACAUGCCUGCGCUUCGAACUGCUCUGGUUGCCUUGAUCGAUCUUAUGAGAGAAGUCUCACAGCCACUUAUCGAGAACGUCCGCAGUUUGCUCGGUGGUGAAGUAACGGUGACAACUCGCAAGAUCAUGCUGGAGCCAACGCUGGUAUACUGGAAUUCUACCGACCGAGCGUACGCAAUACUCGCAGGAUACGCCGCACUUGCUGCCCUGGCCACCAUCUAUGUUGCAGUCGACACACCCAUCACGAGAUCCGAGUCUGGCAAGAGGACAGAAAAGAUGAUUCGUGAUAGCCUGCGUCAAGCAGGCGGAGUGUUCAAGGUCAUCCUGAUCAUCAGCAUCGAGAUGCUAGUCUUCCCACUCUACUGCGGCUUGCUGCUCGAUAUCGCUUUUCUGCCACUGUUCCAGAAGGCCACAGUCGCCAGUCGCUGGGCCUUUGCCGGACGGAGCCCCUACACCUUCUGCUUCGUGCAUUGGUUCGUUGGCACAUGCUACAUGUUCCACUUUGCCCUGUUCGUGGGCAUGUGUCGGAAGAUCCUCCGCAAAGGUGUGCUUUGGUUUAUUCGCGACCCCGAUGAUCCGACCUUCCAUCCCGUUCGAGACGUGCUGGAGAGGAACGUGGCGACGCAGCUGCGCAAAAUAGCCUUUAGCGCGCUGGUGUACGGUGGCCUGGUCAUCCUGUGUCUCGGCGGUGUCAUUUGGACCAUUGGCAAAGCCUGCCGUGACAUCUUCCCCAUCUACUGGAUUUCGACCGAGCCGAUUCUGGAGUUCCCGUUGGAUUUGUUCCUUUACAACUUCAUCACACCUCUCAUCAUCCGGCUAUUCAAGCCUUCCGACGCUGUCAAUACAAUGUAUGCGUGGUGGCUAAGGCGAUGCGCACGUGUGCUUCGACUGUCCCAUUUCUUGUUCGAUGAUCGAAGGAAGGACGAAGAAGGCCAUCUCGCUCAAGGCUCAUGGACCCGCGUCCUUCCCAUGCAGAGCGGGUCCAGCACGAUCGACGGCUCAGGGGAUGACUACCUCUCCGACUCUUUCCAGCGUGACGGCAAAUACGUGCUGACGCCCUGCAACGAUCAGUACCGUCCGCCGAAAUACGGCGAGGCCUUCUUACACGUGGACGAGGACGAUGCCUACAUUUGCGAUAAGGAUGGCAAGAAGAAUGAGCAUUUUGCCAAGGUCUACAUCCCGCCGUGGUUCCGCGUGAGGAUUACGCUCUUCAUGGUCUGCUUGUGGCUAUUCUCCGCCGUGAUUGGGCUCUGCGUCACCCUCGUCCCACUCGUAUUUGGCCGACAUGUCUUUACAACUAUUAUGCCGGAUGGAGUCAAGGUCAACGACAUCUACGCCUACUCGCUCGGAGCGUAUGUCCUGGGUGGUGGCUUGUUUGCGCUCUUGAAGGGACGACAGGUACUGUUGAGCCACAUGCGGCAGGCGAAAGUCGACCUGUACGCGUGCAUCGGGCCUCUGCAGCGCUUCACCAUCCGCGUGCUAAAGUGUUGCUACGUCUACGGCUUCAUCGGCGUCGUCCUUCCGUGCAUCUUCGCGCUCGUGCUGCAGUUCUACUUCAUCCUCCCCUUACACACCGCCUUCGUCUCCACCAGCACAACCGCACAAGAGCCCGCAACCCAAACAUCAACAAACAGCACCUCCACCCUCACCGACCAAACGACCAACUCAACAGCCAACGCAGCCUGGGCCCCAACCAACCUCCCCCUCCCCUCUCUCGCCGAACACUCCAUCCACAUUCUCCAAGACUACGCCCUUGGCCUCCUCUACGUCCGCAUCGCCAGCAGACUCGUGAUCGCCUCCCCGGCCUCCAAAGCAGCAGAAGCUUUCCGCCGCAUCACUGCAGCAGGCUACACGAACCCCAACUUCCGCCUCGCGACGCGCUUCUUCGUCCUCCCCGUUUGCCUCUUAUCCGCGCUUCUCCUCCUCCUCCCGCCUCUCAUAACCAGCAUAGGCCUCACAGCCACCCGCACCCUCGCGCCGAAAAUACAACUAAGCGCAGAGCUCGUGACAAAGGCGUACCGCUACUCCUACCCGCUUGCGUCUACGUGCGGCGUGCUGGCUCUCACGGCCGCGGAGCUGGGCAGGGCGACGAGCCGCUGGCGGGCGCGCAUUCGCGACGAGGUGUACCUUGUUGGCGAGCGGUUGCAUAACUUUGGGGAGAAGAAGCCGCCGGCGGGGAGUCGGAGUGUGGUGCGAAAGGAGAGGGUGAGUUUUUAGCGUUGUGAUGGGUGGUGGUGCUUGCUUUUGGUUGGGUUGUUUGUAUGUUUAGCGGUUAUUGGAGAGAAGGCUAGAUGUAUCACAACUUCACUUUGUGUAAGACUUGGCCUGCCAGAUUACGCGUUGCUUGUUGCAUUCUGUCGGAUACAGGAAGUGCAGCAUUUCAAUUCGCGAUAUUGUGUCGUAUGACAGCUCAUUGAGCGGGCCCUGCUAUGACCAACA